AAAAUAAAAUUUUAAAAAAAGGACAAAAAAUCAUUGAGAGCUUUAUCGUAUCUGCGGCGUGGACUUUUUGCUGAAUUUCAGAUCCGCAAAGCCCAAAAAAACAGAGAGAUAGAGAGAGAGAGAGAGAGAAGAAGAAGAAGAAUAAGACGAAGAAGUUUGUAAAUUUUGGUUUUUUUAUUUUUUUUAUUUUUUUCGGUUGGGUUUGAUUUUGAUCCAAUGGCUGGGAACGCGGACCGACCACCGUCAUCAAAAUCAUCGCCACCGUCAAAGUCGUCUUCAUCGUCGGCUGCUCCUUCACGGCCUACGAUCGCCCUACCACCGCGGUCUUCUUUCGAAGCUCUCUUCAAUGGUGGUGGUGGUGGUGGUGUUGGUGGUCCAGGCAUGGGUUUCAGUCCAGGUCCCAUGACUUUGGUCUCCAACUUCUUCGCUGAGAACGAUGAGUUCAAGUCAUUUUCUCAACUCCUCGCCGGUGCCAUGGCAUCUCCGGCGGCCAGACCGAACUUCCAAUCCCCACCGGAAGACCAAACUUCCGGUGACGGCUCCAAAGGUGGAGAUUACGAUUUCCAGUUCAAGCAGAGCAGGCCGUCGGGUUUGAUGAUUACGCAGUCGCCGGUGUUCUCGGUCCCUCCGGGGUUGAGCCCCGUUGGCUUGCUCGACUCGCCGGGUCAGGGACCCUUUGGAAUGACCCACCAGCAGGUGCUAGCACAGGUGACAGCUCGGGCAGCACAAGGCCAUCCCAAUAUGCAUAUCCAAACUGACUAUUCAACAUCUAUAUCAGCAGCUCCUUCUACAUCAUUGACGCAGCUUCCAGCCUUUACUACAAGUACAACCACAUGCCAGGAGAUGCCAUCUUUAGUUCCCGACUCCAGCAUUGCAGUUAAGGAAUCCUCUGAUGUCUCUCAACCAGAUCAGAGAUCCCAGUCGUCCUCAUUUACUGUUGAUAAGCCUAAUGAUGAUGGCUACAACUGGCGAAAAUAUGGGCAGAAGCAAGUGAAAGGCAGUGAAUUUCCUCGAAGUUAUUACAAAUGUACACAUCCAAGUUGUCCUGUCAAGAAGAAGGUUGAGCGCUCUCUUGAUGGCCAAGUAACUGAAAUAAUAUACAAGGGUCAGCACAACCAUCAACGUCCUCCACCCAACAAACGUGCGAAGGAUGUUGGAAAUCCAAAUGGGAAUUUAAAUAUUCAGGGGAACCCCACCUUUACUUCUCAAGUUCAUGGUGAGAGUGUUAGCAAAUCAAACGAAGGGUCAAUUGUUUGUUCAUUGUCCAGGAAGGAGCAGGAAUCUAGCCAAGCAACACAUGAUCAAAUAUCUGGGACUAGUGACAGUGAGGAAGUAGGAGAUGCUGAAACUGGUGUAGCAGAAAAGGAUGAAGAUGAACCCGAACCCAAGAGAAGAAGUACAGAAGUCAGGUAUUCGGAGCCAGCUUCUUCACAUAGGACUGUCGCAGAGCCGAGGAUCAUUGUACAGACAACUAGUGAAGUUGAUCUGUUAGACGAUGGCUACAGAUGGCGCAAGUAUGGGCAGAAAGUUGUGAAAGGCAAUCCUUAUCCAAGGAGCUACUACAAAUGCACAACACCAGAUUGCAAUGUUCGCAAGCAUGUUGAGAGGGCAUCGACGGAUAUAAAAGCUGUGAUAACAACAUAUGAGGGAAAGCAUAAUCAUGAUGUACCAGCUGCCAAAACUAGUAGCCACCACACAGCUAACAAUAAUGCAUCAAAUCAAAGAUUUCAUAACACAGGAACACAGAACCAUGGCUCGUUUAACAAGAUGGGUCUCAGCAACAAUGAUGAGCAGCCUAUAGGACGUUUACGGUUAAAAGAAGAACAGAUAACAUAAUUUCUCCGUGUAAAAGAACCAGGGGAAGUAAGAUUGCAAGAAGAAUAUAGCAAAACCUAUAACAUGUUUAUGUUUUGCUUAGCUACAAAUGAUCUUGCUUGAAUAUGCUUUUAUUACACUUUUGAGGGUCAUAGUUUUGAUCAGGGCCCAUAUACCCAACUGCUAAUAUACAAGAAGGAAAGAGGCAUGUGGAAACAUAUUAAGGAGAAUUCAACAUCAACACCUUUGCUUUGGAUUGAGUUGGCUAAUUUUUGUUGUAUGUAAAUUACUUAAUGAGCAUUGUUACUAAAUAUCGAGAUUUCUGUGCAUUCUUUUGUACAUGCAUGUAUAUGUAUACAAAAAUAUGUUUAUCUCCUAAUCUUGUCUACGUUAUAUUGAGUAAUAUUGUUUUUGUUGUC